CUCCAGUCUCCAGGUUCCCCCGAGUGGGCAAUGACUGACAGGCGCCGAACCGCGACGUCGUCGUAAUGGGCAACCGCAUUGCAUCCACCCGAGGCGACAUCUGCGGCGGCGUGGAGGAGGGAGCCGCCGGCGAGGGCACCUCCAGGUUCAACACGCGUCGUCGCUACCAGCAACACAAGCGGGAGUACUGCCUGCAGAGCGAGUAUCGCUCCAAGACGCUCCCAGCCCGUCAUCCGCAUCAUGACCAGAGCCACGAUCAGGGCGAGGAGCGGCUGGGCUCCAGCAGCUGCCUAGGAGCCGGACCCAAUGCCUCCAAUGGCACGCCUCCACACAAUGGGGAGACAUCGAGGGUGCUGUUUCUGCUCUACUUGAUCAAUCGCACCUGGAACGUUGUCAUGGACACGAUGGACACACGCACCAAGAGUCGUUCUCCACGCGGCAAUUCUCCGCAAAAGGAGGAGACCGCAGAUAUUGAGCUGCAAGAGCGGCCACUGGAUGAAGAGUGCUCCAUUGGCAUCACCGACUUGGAUGCCUCAUCCCUCUGUUCCCAGUACUCUUGCUGCAGUUGCAGCUACUGCGAUGUGGAGACAGUGGGCACACAGACAAAUGUAUACAGCUCCAUUGGCGACGACUAUUCCCUGGACUCGAUGUAUGAAGUGGGCAAAUCGGUGGCAGACAGCGACAGCUCGACACUGCAGAGACACCAGCUCCGCCCGGGACACCGCCUCCAGAUGGCUCCCAGCAUGUGCGAGCUGCCAGGCCAGGGUCAGGUGCCUACCCAGAGCCAGAGCCAGAGCCAGAUCCAAAUGCCCCACAAAGCAGGUGGCUCCAACAGCUCGGGGACGAACAAGUGCGGAGCCAGCAGCCUCAAUGGAUCCCUCGCCUCCUACAAGAUAGGUGGCUCCGAGCAGAGUUGGCCUCAGGCCCCCGUGUUUAGUAAGGAAAAUCAACGUCCACCUGUAUACAAUCCCGAGGAUUAUGUAUACUCCUUGAGGAAGUUCACCAAGGGCAGCAGCUCGGGCAAGAAGCAAUCGAUCUACGAUGUCAGCACUGGGCUCAGUGCCAAGGAGGAGGCAUCCAGAUCAGCCACUCUGCCAGCCAAGCAUUCAGAGUACAAAUCUCCCAUUCCUGCUCCGCCGGUAAAUGAAAGGGAGAUGUCUAUGCGGCAGUUUGGCUCCAUAACCGAUUUGCUAACCAAGCUGCGUGCCGAUCUUCGAGUUUCUUUCAGCAGCUUUGUCCAAGAGUUUGUGGCUACGCCUGCGGAUGGCAUCAGUCACUUGUUGGAGGUCCUGCGAGCCAUUCAAAUGGCUCAGGCCAGUAAUGCACCAGCCCCGUUGCCAGGAGCCAGCAGUUCCCUGGCCAUGAACAGGAAUCCCCAGAGCUAUCAGCGUCGUGCUCUGCUUGAUGAACUGUCUUGCCUGCAAUGUCUGAGCAUUUGCUGCUCGCGAUCUCUGGAUGCCAUAGCCCGCUUGGGGAACACACCCGUUGGUCUCAUGCCGCUGGCCUCCUCGGCCACGGGACAGGGCAUUCGAGCCCGGAUCCUGGCCCUGCAGCUGCUGGCCUCCGCCUGCGACCGGCAGCCUUUUGGCAGCGGCACGGGUAGCCACAAAAUAGCCUCCACAGGUCACACAGCCGUCUCUGACGCCAUGUCCACGUUGCGCCUGAGAUGCAGUGAACCAGUCCGUUUCCGGCUGCUGGUUGGCAUAUUGAAUAGCGGCGGUGGAUCCGGGGAACUGCAGUGUGCGGGUGUCAAAUUUCUCAACACCUUCAUUGAGAGCGCUGUGAGCAUCCAGCAGCGCCUGUACAUCCAGGCUGAACUCUUCCAAGCGGGACUCGAUGCCAGCACCUUGGCCCGUACCAUUUCCUCCUCCUCGCCGUGGCUGGAUGCUUUGAAAAGCGAGGUGAAGCGGUUCAACGAGCUCCACAUAGACGUGGAUAAGAUGAUGGCCCAGGCGAGGGAUGCAGAACGUGUCCGCAGCCAGAUGGUGAUCCUGGAGCGGAGGGUUCAGAUCCUGCACGAGGAGAAGGCCGUUCUGACCUCCAUGGAGAGGCGGCUGCAGGAGCGCUGUGCCGAGCUACAGCGGGAGAUCUUCCGCAUGCAGGGUGCCCAGCAGCAGUCCAACUUCAAACCGGUGGAGUCUGCACACCAACCGGUGGCCCUACCACGCCAGGUACCGCCCAGCACCAAAACGAAGCCGACGAGCAGCUCGGAGCACGAGGACGAGGGCAUUAGCAGCUCAGAAACAGGUGCCUCCCUCAGCCCAGUGCCCAUUCUCGUGCUGCCCUCCAAGGUGAAGCAGUCGCGAAAGGCGACAGCGGCGGUCGAGGAGGAUGACGAUGAUGCAGCCACCAUUGAAGAUGUCAUUGAGGAACUGGACAACAUUGUGAGCGAAGCGGAGAAGCAAAUCAGCAGCCAGGCGGGCACUAGCUCGAGGCCCAGGAUGCGGCAGAUUCGACCCACGGAGCAGGAAAUUGUGCCGGUGAAUAUAGUGCCACAGCCACCGAGAAAAUCCCGAUCCCUGGCACACCUGGUGCCCCGCACGGAUUGCUCUGAGCAAGAUGGCUCCGACUACGGAAUGGCGGUCCUGCAUCAGCCGGGUGAUCCCGAUGCCGCUGAGCGCCUGGCCGCCAUGCACACCUUCUUCGAUGAGGUGGACUAUGACGCCCCGGAGACGGACCAGCCAUCGGCCUAUCAAAUGGACUCACCCUCGCCGGAUAUGCCAGAGGCGAAUGCCACAGCCACGGCCUACAAUGCCAGCACCAAUCGAGAGCUGCUCGAUGUGAUUAUGAAUGCGCGGCACGACGAGCACGAUCCUACCAUGCAAGCCCUGCGAAAGAGUGUCCAAGAUGUGGCGCCCAUCAUGACGGUUCCCCAACAUCAAACCACGAAAGUUAAGGCACCAGCUCCACCACCUCCAGCACCGCCGGCUCAGCAAUUCAAUGGGGUCUUCUUUAUGACGGGCAUGAACACACCGCAGAAGUAUCCCAAGCCGGACAUCACGGCUGCUCUGCAGGCUCGCCGUGUCACCAAGAAUGUGGAGCGCCUAGAGGCGGCUUUUGCAUCCUCUCACUCCUCCCACGCCCACGAAGCCCUCAAUGAGGCGGCCAUCGGCAGGGAGAAGUCACGGAGCAAUCAGCAGAUCUACUUCACCAGCAAUCCGGCAAUGCGGAUGCAUGAAACCCCAAACUAUCCCAGCGCCAGCGGAGGAAAGGGUGCCUCAGCGCGAACCCGAUCCUACACCCAGGGAUCCAUGUCCAAGGUGACGGACCUGCCCUCUGGUCUGUACUAACUGCCUAACAUAUACUUCGAAAGAUUCUCCAGAUCCUGUGCAAUAGCAGUCCACUCCUAGGUUAUAUUCGCUCUACAACAUUCGCGUAUUUAUAUAUACAUUUAAUAGAUAUAUCCACAGAUAAUAUAUAUAUAUAUAUAUAUAUAUUCGUAUUUAUGCAAUCAUCUCGAGAUAACUGCGCCCGAGACUAGCUUAGUGACGGUGGCAGCUUCAACAGGGUAACUAGCCGAUAAGCGUUAGCUCAGUAGUAGUUCUUCACGUCUAGCGUAAUUAUAUUUCCAUGUUUAUUUUUCUUUGAAUAAAGUUUAUACUCUACAUCGAUA